GACAGUGGAAAAUAUUUGUUACUAACAGACACACACUAAAGGAAAUCCAAAAAUGAUGAAAGAUGGAAGCUAGAAGAUGCAUGAAGAAAUAAGCUUUAAGGGCAGAUGUUCCACGGCUUUGCUCGAACCCCGGAGUCUUGACUUUUCUCUUCUCCUCUCCCGGCUGCUCAGACAACUCCUGACGGUCACUUCUUCCAGGAGGGGCGAGGAUGAAGUUAGAACAUCUGAACUGGAGCAGAGCACGGAAAGGCGGUGGCGGGGACGAGGGAGCUUCCUAGCGCCGGAGACGGAGGCAACUCGUCCUCGCGCGAAAGGGGCGGGCAGCCUCGGGCCGUUCGCAUUUCCUGUGACAGGGGCUGCCCCAGCCUCCGCCUCUCCCGCGGCGGCGGGACCAUUUCCUGAAUCGCUGAAGCGGAGGGAGGACUGGGGUGCGGCCCUACCAUUAGCGCGAAGGGAGGGGGAGUAUGAUAAGGAAAGGUUGAGGGACGCGAAGACCGCCAAGAACAAAGCAGUUCUGCCAAGUCCGCGGUUCCGUAGAGCGGCGCAGAAACGAGACUCCGAUGGGCCAGAGCUCCUCCCGGAGGCCGGGCCGGCCGGCUGUUUGCUCGGCGCCGGAGCAUCCCCCCUCCUGGCAGUCGCGACGUGGUUCAGCCCGGGAGGCCGGCGUCUUUCCCCCAGUUUGCCGUUCACCCGGAGCGCUCGGGACUUGCAGAUAGUGGUGACGGCGGCAACAUGUCCGUGGCGUUCGCAGCCCCGAGCCUGCCGUGUGUGGGAACCCGAGCCGCGGGCUGUGCCCGACAGGGUGGCGGAAGAGGGCGAACCGGUUUUUUCUCGGAAUCCUUCGCGCGCUUUGGCGCUUUCUUACAGCCACAAAAGCCCAAGCAACCGCCGCCCGAUUUCUCUAGGGAUGGGGCGGCGUUUGGGCGGCGGGGCGCGUGCGCCCGAGGGCGGCGGCGGCAGCGCAGGGAAGGCUCUGCCGGAGCCGGCGCCCCCCGCGCGUCGCUCCGGAGUUACUUUGGCGUCGCCCCGCCCCGCGCGCCGCGGCUGCUUAGUGCAGACCCGACCUCCGACGGCGGAGGAGCAGUCGGAGCGCAGAUCGUCUCCCUGUGAACUCCUGCUCAGUUAG